AUGACAGUCAUGAGAAAAGAGACAACUGACGACAAAAUAAAUCCCCAACUUCGUCAAGACACAGCUAAGGCAAAACUGCCACAACAGGAAGAAACACAAUCAGAAUCAACCACAACAAAGACUACUGAUUUCGCAACUACUUCCACUGACGCAACAGCUUCUACAAAUACAGGCGCACGCAAACUACCUCCAUUAGCCAGUCUACAAUCUGUGUACCGAAGUGAUUACCAACCAUUCACCACUUUUUUACCGUAUGAACCUGCAUUCAGAGAGCAACAAUCGUCCAAUAGUAAUUCAACUGCUGAGACUAUAGCGACUAAUCUUGCAGCCAGUGCUUUAUCAAGAUUAGAAUCGGGUGAUUUUGAUCCCACGGGGAACAGUAGCUCCCACAGUAAUGGAAAAGGUGGUGGUGGCGAUGCAGGCGAAGCACCUAAGGGAGCAAAAGAUGACGAUCAACAUGCAUCGGAUCCAGAAGCUGCCCACCAUCAACUACAAAAGCAUCAGCUGCAGCAACAACAACAACAACAACAACAACAACAACAGCAACAGCAGCAGCAGCAGCAACAACAACAACAACAACAACAACAACAACAACAACCACAAUCACAACCACCACCACCACAACAACAACAACAACUACAACAACCACCACAACAACAGCUGCAAUCACAACAUCCAAUCAAAUCCAGAAGCAAAUUCUCAGCCACAUCCACUAAAGAUCAACAAAAACCAUUCAAAUGCACAUUUGAAUCCUGUGAAUGGUCAUUUGCCCGUCAAUCUGACCUCACUCGUCAUUUCAAAUCGCAUAUGGCUCCACAAUAUCAUUGCCCCUAUUGGAAAAACGACCCCACGUGUCACAAAAACGGUGGUGCAUUUAAUCGAUUAGAUGUAUUGAAACGUCAUUUGAAAUUGGUUCAUUACGUCCGUGACAAACGAUUGCCCAUAGGUGAAGGGAAUCCUAUAGGUAGUGGUGUAGGUGCAAUCAAGAGUAUUGGGGAACCAGGAUGGUGUCGAUCAUGUCAACGCAUGUUCCCUAAUGACAAGGCUUUUAUUGAGCAUUGCUAUGAAUGUGCCUCGCAGACGCAACCUACUGAAUGGCGAACUCACAAGAGCACAGCGGGUGGUGUUGGUGGUGGUGGUGGCGGUGGUGGUACAGGUUCUGGGAAUGUAUCCUCUUCAACGGAUGCUGAUUCACGUCAAACUAAAUUUAGAGUGCUUUUAGGACCACCUCAAACAAAAAAACAAAAGACUACAACAAGCACAUAG